GUGGCGGGGCCGGCGCCUGUUUACGUCCGGCUCCGGAGCGUCAGUGCGUCCGCCGCGUCUGCGCCAUGGAUAUCAGCGACCUCUUCACCAGCUGCAGGAAGGGAGACGUGGGUCGAGUGCGGUACCUGCUGGAGCAGCGAGACGUGGAUGUGAAUGUAUGGGACAAGUGGGAUAGUACCCCCUUGUACUAUGCCUGUCUAUGUGGGCAUGAAGAACUGGUACUCUACCUUCUGGCCAAUGGAGCCCGCUGUGAGGCCAACACCUUCCACGGUGAACGCUGCUUCUAUGGGGCUGCAAGUGAUACCAUCCGCCGGGCCCUGCUUGAUUAUAAGCAAGUGACACCCUCCUCCAGGAGGCGGGACUACUAUGAUGAAUUCCUGCAACGGCUUCUGGAUCAAGGCAUCCACAGUGAUGUGCUCUUUGUGGUGCACGGGAAGCCCUUCCGGGCCCAUCGCUGCAUUCUGGGUGCACGUAGCAGCUACUUUGCCAACAUGCUGGAUACCAAGUGGAAGGGCAAGAGCAUCGUGGUCCUCAGACAUCCACUGAUCAACGCUGUGGCCUUUGGGGCCCUGCUGCAGUACCUGUACACAGGUGGCCUGGAUGUCGGUGUGGAACACAUCAGUGACUGUGAGCGCCUGGCCAAGCAGUGCCAGCUAUUGGAUCUGCUCAAUGACCUGGAGGCCAAGUGCAAGGAAGUGUCUGAGUUUGUGGCGUCCAAGCCAGGCACUCAUGUGAAGGUGCUGAGCAUGAGGCCCCCCGCAGAGGACCCCCGGCUCCGGGAGGACCUGGCCUUAUUGGCUGACUGUGCCCUGCCCCCUGAGCUCCGAGGUGAUCUUGGGGAGUUGCCUUUCCCUUUCCCUGAUGGCUUCAACAGCUGUCCUGAUGUUUGCUUCCAAGUGGAGGGUUGCAGCUUCCUCUGCCACAAGGCCUUCUUCUGUGGCCGCAGCGACUACUUCCGGGCCCUGCUGGAUGACCACUUCCGAGAGAAUGAAGGGCUAGAGGCCUCUGGUGGCCUCCCAGCCAUCACCCUGCAUGGCCUCACGCCCCACGUCUUCACCCAUGUGCUCUACUACAUAUACACCAACCACACCGAGGUGCCCCCGGAGGUGGCCUAUGAUGUGCUGAGCAUGGCCGACAUGUACCUGUUGCCGGGCCUGAAACGACUGUGUGGCCGCAGUCUGGCCCAGCUGCUGGAUGAGGACAGUGUGGUGGGCCUGUGGCGUGUGGCCAAGCUGUUCCGCCUGGCACGCCUCGAGGACCAGUGCACCGAGUACAUGGCCAAGGUUAUCGAGAAGCUGGUGGAGCAGGAGGACUUCUCGGAGGCCGUGAGGGAGGAGGCGGCGGCUGUGAGAGGCCGGCAGGAGCAGGACUCCAUCCCUCUGGUAGAUGACAUCCGCUUCCACAUCACCAGCGUGGUGCAGACCUACAGCAACAUUAAGGAGAUGGAGCGGCGGCUACAUGCACUUGAGGACCUGCUGGUGUCCAUUGGCCUGGACUGCUGACUGACACUGGGCCACGGGCUCCCUGUGGACUACGCAUGUGGUUUGGUCGACCGCGUGCUCCGUUGUGUGCUCCUUGCGCCCUCCAGGGCAUCGUGGUGUGUGGAAGAGACUCAUUGAGGCUCCCUACCCUGGUGUGCUUGGAGGCCCCAAGGAGGGUUACCUAGGAUGAGCUUCCUCCCCCGUGCACAAACCAGCCCCUCAGCCCUGGGCUGGGCACCACUCAGGGAAACCUGGGGUGGGAUCUCUUAGCCUCCUUCCCCAGGUCCCCCUCCCCUCCACUCUGGCUCUCCCUGGCUGCUUGCUUCCUAAAACCACGCCACCUUCUCACAGGCACAGAGUUGGCCAGGAGGGAGCAGCAGAGGCUGUGUGGCAAUAAAGCUUGAAUUCACUGGGAA